AUGGCAUCAGGGAGGAGACAGCAGACUGUGAACGAGGAGAGAGAGGAGAGGGAUGAGAGGGAGGAGAGAGAGGAGAGGGAGGAGAGACAGGAGAGGGAGGAAAGAGAGGAGAGGGAGGAGAGAGAGGAGAGGGAGGAGAGAGAGGAGAUAGAGGAGAGAGAGGAGAGGGAGGAGAGGGAGGAGAGAGAGGAGAGGGAGGAGAGGGAGGAGAUAGAGGAGAGAGAGGAGAGGGGGGAGUGA